AUGCCAUUUCUAUCAUUCUCUCGCAUCACGAAGAAAUUCGACAAAUUCGCGGCGAAAAUCACAAACUCAAACUUGUCAUUAACGUGUCUUUACUCAUCAAUAAGUUUAUUUUAUCACAACGACAACCUUCGACACCACCGACGUCAUUAUGCAACGAAACAGACCGGACCACCACCCGGAGUCCGCGGCGCCCCCACCACACACAUAACAGACACACGCUACGAAGUAAUAAAAAAAAUCCUAUUCGAAAACAAAAAAACCCGGCUACCAAUAAUGACACAACAAGACCAUGAAAUGCACGAGACAAUAGAACGCGCGUGGAAACUUUUUUUGCGUAAUAGACGUCGUGCGCGUAAUUUAGAAAUGCGCGCGAAAUAUCGUAUGAUUCGUAAAGCUAAUUUGGAACUCGAGAAAUUGGAUCCUCAGUUAUUUAAGGUUUCGCUGAACGUGCAUCACGAUGAUCGGUUGUUUCCGAAAAAAAUGAAGGUUCCUACGGAAACUCCCUCUUUGUCUGGGUGGGAUUACAAUUAUGUUCACGUUGAGAAGGAUGAUGAAUUGGAUAAGAAAGGUGUAGUUGGUGACGAUGAGGAUUUUGAGUAA